CUGUCAUUCCCCCAGCCAUUUCAUUUCUCUAGAAUUUUCCCGUCGCCGGUAUGAGGCUCCGAUCAUGGCUUUCCUCCACCUGCUCCACCACCUGCGCCACUUCCCCCCACGACUCCACCAUCAUAUUCUCCAACAAACCCCCAGAAACAAGCAGUUCUUCCGAUAGCUCCGGUAGCGCUGCAUCGUCUUCGGCAUCCCCAGCCGAGACCAGUUGCGGCGGUAGCACCCUCCACAGUAGUCUUUCCCUCCUAAGCCUCCCAUCUAUCCCUUCCCUUCAUAAUUUAUUGCCGGAGAUUCUAGAGCUGUCCGUUUCUCAUGUUUGUGUUACUUCACUUAAGCCGCUGGUGAAAGUCCCGAUCACCUGCCUUGCGGUGCACGGUUACUUCGUCUACGCCGCCUCCGUCAAUGAGAUCAGCGUCUACGAUCGGGAAACUUGGACGCUUCGCGAUACAUUUAACAUCCAAGACUCCUCCUCCGGUUCCGUCAAGGCUGUCAGUUUCUGCGACGGGAAAGUCUUCACGGCGCACCAAGAUUGCAAGAUCAGAGUCUGGCAGAUGACGGAAACUAAGCGGCACAAGUUGUUAACCACUCUGCCCACGGUUAACGACCGUCUCCGCCGGUUCAUUCUCCCGAAGAACUACGUCAACGUCCGGCGCCAUGUGAGGCGACUUUGGAUCGAGCACGCCGAUGCCGUCACCGGACAGGCGGUUAACAAAGGAUUAAUCUACUCCGUUUCUUGGGAUAAAAGCUUGAAGGUAUGGCGGGCUUCAGAUCUCCGGUGUUUGGAGUCCGUUAAAGCACACGAGGACGCCGUCAACACUGUCGCUGUCUCCAUUGAUGGGACUGUUUAUACGGGAUCCGCAGAUAAACGGAUACGGGUCUGGGCCAAACCAUCCAGUGAAAAGCGGCAUGUGUUGAUAGCGACGUUAGAGAAGCACAAAUCGGCGGUGAACGCGCUGGCUCUAAGCGACGACGGCUCCGUGCUGUUUUCCGGCUCGUGCGACCGUUCGAUUUUAGUGUGGGAGAGAGAGGACAGCGCCAAUUACAUGGCGGUGACGGGCGCGUUGAGGGGGCACAAGAAUGCGAUACUGUGCUUGAUAAACGUCUCCGAAUUGCUGUUGAGCGGGUCCGCCGACCGGACGGUGAGGAUUUGGCAGCGGGUGCAGGAAGGGAGGUACUGUUGUUUGGCGGUUUUGGAGGGUCACCAGAAACCCGUGAAGUCGUUGACGGCGGUUGCGGAAGGUGAAUCAAGCGGUGUAGUUUCUGUUAUUAGCGGAGGUCUUGACGGCGAGAUUAGAGUGUGGCGGGUCUCGGUUUCCAAGUCCGACCGCCCGUUUCCCUCCAACCCUCUGAAAAUGGAAAUUGCAAAAUAAAAAAAGGCAAAAUCCCAAAAAAAAAAAAAGCGCCUCAUUUUCGAAUUUCGAUUGGUAUUUCCUUUUUUUUUUUUGAAAUACAAAUUUAAUUGUUUUUUUAUUGUUUCUUCUCUUCUCUUUUCUUUUUUUAAUUGUUUCUUUUCUUGGAUGUGAUAUUGUUUA